AUUCCAGGAAGUUUGCAUAGCUCCCUGGACUUCUGCUCUGCACUGUCCUGCAGGAGUGGGCGGGAAAAGGAAGUGGCUUUGAGGCAUACAGAGGGGCUUGGUGAGGCCACCAGAGGAAGCUUCUGCCACCAAUGUGGGACCUGUGCCCAGCCUGCCAGAAAAGAGCAUCUGAAAACAUGUAUCAACAUGGUAACCCCUCUGCUUGAAGCCUCACAUGGCUCCUUAUUGCACUGGUGCUGAACACCCUAUGGCUGACCGUGGCCCAGCCUCUGCAACAUUUCUGCUCCUCUCCAGUGGUGAAGACCCAGCCUGCUGAGACUCCUCCUGUAGUUCCUCAACAUGCCUGCAUUUCUGCUGCCUCAGGGCCUUUGCGAAGGUUGCUCCUUGUAACCGGAAUGCUCUUCCCUCCCUUUUUUAUUCAAAAGACUGCAAUUUUAAUUGAAGAAAUUUCCCUUCCAAGGUUCAUGAGUUGCCUGACUUGCCCACCUACUUCCUGCAGGAUCCCUUGGCCUGGCACUUAGUGCUCAGGAAAUAUUUGUUGAUGGACCAACUGAGUGAGAAGGUGGGAUCUGGUGGGAAGGAAAGCGGAAAGGUAGAAAUUCUGCUCACUUCCUCAUUCCCACCUCCCAAGGAACCCCUGGUGUCCCUGUGGAACCCGCUUUGGGAACCAGUGGUUCAGGUCAGCCUUUUCACUUUGUACUCAAAGCCACAUCUCAUUGAAGCCACAGGUGGGGCAAGGUCAUGCAUGACCUGGGUCUCCAAAUCCCUUCACCCUAUUCGGUUCUGCAACGGGGAUUACGGGAGCCCCACCAUUUGUUUUCAAAGGAUGUCCGGGCUCCAGGACAGGAUGCCCUGGGUCACCUGAUGACAGGUGUGGUGGUUGGAAAGGGCCUGGUUUCAGCUCCGGGUACACUUCCUCCUUCCUUAUGCUCCCUGGUGUGGCCUCUUCCACGUCCUCAGAAUCCAGCUGUUACUCCAUCCGUGGCCUUUCGGCUUUAGGCUCCCCCCAGAUACUCUGACCCAUGGAUCCCCUGGGCCCAGCCAAGCCACAGUGGCCGUGGCGCCGCUGUCUGGCCGCGCUGCUGUUUCAGCUGCUGGUGGCUGUGUGUUUCUUCUCCUAUCUGCGUGUGUCUCGAGACGAUCCCACUGUGUACCCUAAUGGGUCCCCCUUCCCAGACAGCACAGGGACCCCCGCCCACUCCAUCCCCCUGAUCCUGCUGUGGACGUGGCCUUUUAACAAACCCAUAGCUCUGCCCCGCUGCUCAGAGAUGGUGCCUGGCACGGCCGACUGCAACAUCACUGCCGACCGCAAGGUGUAUCCACAGGCAGACGCCGUCAUUGUGCACCACCGAGAGGUCAUGUACAACCCCAGUGCCCAGCUCCCACGCUCCCCGAGGCGACAGGGGCAGCGCUGGAUCUGGUUCAACUUGGAGUCCCCAAGCCAUUGCUGGCACCUGAAAGCCAUGGACGGAUACUUCAAUCUCACCAUGUCCUACCGCAGCGACUCCGACAUCUUCACGCCCUACGGCUGGUUGGAGCCGUGGUCCGGCCAGCCUGCCCACCCACCGCUCAACCUCUCGGCCAAGACUGAACUGGUGGCCUGGGCAGUAUCCAAUUGGAGGCCAAACUCCGCCAGGGUGCGCUACUACCAGAGCCUGCAGGCCCAUCUCAAGGUGGACGUGUACGGACGCUCCCACAAGCCCCUGCCCCAGGGGACCAUGAUGGAGACGUUGUCCCGGUACAAGUUCUAUCUGGCCUUCGAGAACUCCGUGCACCCCGACUACAUCACCGAGAAGCUGUGGAGGAACGCCCUGGAGGCCUGGGCCGUGCCCGUGGUGCUGGGCCCCAGCAGAAGCAACUAUGAGAGGUUCCUGCCGCCCGACGCCUUCAUCCACGUGGACGACUUCCAGAGCCCCAAGGACCUGGCCCGGUACCUGCAGGAGCUGGACAAGGACCACGCCCGCUACCUGAGCUACUUUCGCUGGCGGGAGACGCUGCAGCCUCGCUCCUUCAGCUGGGCACUAGAUUUCUGCAAGGCCUGCUGGAAACUGCAGGAGGAAUCCAGGACUCGCUUGCCUGAAGCUUCACCUGCCUGGGGACUCACCUGCCUGGGACGGUCACCUGUUGCAGCUUCACCUGCCUGGGGAUUCACCUACCUGGGUCCUCACUUUCCUGGGGCCUCACCUGCUGGAGUCUUUGGUCAGGUAUGUCCCUUACCUGGGAUUUCACAUGCUGGCUUCCAGGAGCGUCCCCUUCGGAAGCCUGGCCUGCUGGGGACCUCAUCUCCUGGGGACUUUGCCUACUGGGGACCUCGGCUGUUGGGGACUUUACCUGCUGGGACCUGCUCCCAGAGACUUUCCACACUGAAUCUCACCUGCUAGGAGCCUCACCUUCUGGGCUCCUCACCCUGGAGGGCACUGGGCCCUGGGAACUGGCGCCCUUGGGGUCCCACCCACGAGUGAUGGUUCUGGCUGAUUUGUUUGUGAUGUUGUUAGCCGCCUGUGAGGGGUGCAGAAAGAUAAUCACGGCACUGUUUCCAGAUGUAAUACUGCAAAGAAAACCGAUGAUGAGGCCGGGCGCGGUGGCUCACGCCUGUAACCCCAGCACUUUGGGCGGCUGAGGCAGGCAGAUCACAAGGUCAGGAGAUCGAGACCAUCCUGGCCAACAUGGUGAAACUCGUCUCUACUAAAAAUACAAAAAUUAGCUGGGCGUGGUGGUGCGUGCCUGUAAUCCCAGCUACUUGGGAAGCUGAGGCAGGAGAAUUGCUUGAACCAGAGAGUCGGAAGUUGCAGUGAGCCGAGAUCACGCCACUGCACUCCAGCCUGGCGACAGAGCGAGACUCUGUCCCAAAAAAAAAAAAAAAUUAGCCGGGCGUGGUGGCCGGUGCCUGUAAUCCCAGCUACCCAGGUGGCUGAGACACAAGAAUCGCUUGAACCCAGGAGGCAGAGUUUGUAGGGAGCCAUGAUCGCACCACUGCACUCCAGCCUGGGUGACACAGUGAGACUGUCUCAGAAAAAAAAAAAACGAGGAGUGUCCCUUUCUGAGUGUGCAA